AUGGUUCUACUAAAUACGUCAGGAGAGACGAAGCAGGAACUACAAGACGACCUCGAGUCAUUUCUACACGUCUUGACUUGGGUGGUAGUCCGGUAUUCACGCAGUAAUCUCAGCGGCAACGAGCGUGCGGCAUAUCUGAAAAUGGUGUUCGACAAAGCAAAACCAGUGGAAGGGGGGAUCCGCGGAGGAGAGAAGAAGAGAGAGUUGCUGAAAAACGGUGAUGAGUGGACUCCAUCGGAAUGGCUCACCAAUUCUCCUCUGGAGCACUCACCCCUAAAUGGGCUCCUCAAUGAGCUAGCAAAAACGCUCGGUGUGCGAUAUCGGCCUGCACACUCUGAUGCUCGGCUUCAACGCAUAGACUCGCUGCUGGAGGAAGCCACCGGAGAAACACAGGUCGUCUUGUUGGAAUCAGCGCCAUACCAGUACCGCCUGCACCAGCAGCGUAUAAGCAACCACGACUGGAUGAUCAAGACCAUGCAAGCUGCUGUAGACGGAGUGGGGUGGCCUGACAACGAUAAAGCUAUUCCGCUGGAUCUUGGCCACUCGGCCUUGGCUUUGGGGCCCGCGGCACGAAUGGAUGUGAAAAGGUACACCGAGCAGGACCAACAGAGAAAAAGUUCCAAGAGUUUGAAGAGCGGCCCAAGCUCCGCCAGCUUGAAGCGGCAAGCGGAGUCUAGCGAAGUGGGCGGAAGAGUGAAGCGGAAGAAAUCGCAGCUGAAAUCCUGA